AUACAAGGGACAAUAGUGCCUUUUCAUCUCUCAAUUUUGGAAACCCUAGCCGCCGCACUGCACACGCAGGCCAAAUCUUGUGGUUUCUUCGUCGUCGAAGACAACUGUCGGCGGCCGCUCUCUGCCGUUGCCGAGAGAUUCGGAGAAUUCCAGCGGCGUAUUCUUCAAUUUUGAAGUGUGCGAGAAUCAUAAGUGUUUUGCUUUACUUGAUGAUAGAAAUAGCUCUCUGUUACUAUUAGUUCCAAUCGAAGCCCAUGCCUGCAAUGAAGAAGAACGCUGUGUGCGUCGGGAUUGGGCAGUUAUUCAAUAAAUUGGUGAAGGAGAUCGGAAGCCCAGUUGAUUUUGAACUUCCCGAGUCUUUCAAUAAAUGGAAACCGACAUCUUCUUACUCAUAUAUCAGACGCAAUGUAUAUCUUACUAAGAAGAUAAAAAGGCGGCUUGAGGAUGAUGGCAUCUUUUGUUCCUGCAGUUCAUCAAUCGGGACUUCUGGUGCUUGCGGUAAAGAUUGCCUCUGCGGUAUGCUAAUGUCGAGCUGUUCUUCGGGCUGUAAAUGUGGGAACUCAUGUCUAAAUAAACCAUUUCAACAAAGGCCCAUGAAGAAGAUGAAGACUGUGCAGACUGAGAAAUGUGGAAUGGGUGUUGUGGCAGAAGAAGACAUCAAUCAAGGAGAUUUUGUGAUAGAAUAUGUUGGAGAAGUUAUUGAUGACAAGACAUGUGAGGAAAGACUCUGGAAAAUGAAACACCGUGGUGAAACAAAUUUUUACCUCUGUGAAAUCAAUCGAGACAUGGUUAUCGAUGCAACUUAUAAAGGAAACAAGUCGAGAUACAUUAAUCACAGUUGUUGUCCAAAUACCGAAAUGCAGAAGUGGAUGAUUGAUGGUGAAACAAGGAUUGGGAUAUUUGCAACCUGUGAUAUUAAGAAGGGCGAGCAUCUGACCUAUGACUAUCAGUUUGUGCAGUUUGGUGCAGAUCAAGAUUGCCACUGUGGUGCUACUGGUUGCCGAAAGAAGCUGGGAGUUAAACCCACUAAACCUAAAAUACCUUCAGAUGCUGCUUUGAAAAUAGUAACAUGUCAAGUGGCUACAAACUGUCCAAAACUAAAAGCAGUUGUAACAAAUAAACCUGUCUAUAUGAAUGGAGUUCCUGGUAUAGGUAUGCUGCUCCAGCUACUCAAUGGAUGUCUAAGUCAGGAUCCUUCACAGUGGAAAAAGAGGCGUCUGAAUUGCAUCGGUUCAGUAAUUAGAAUUGAUCAAAUAUCAGAUAGAAGGUCCUUUGGGAUAAUAAGACGCUUUGAUAGUGAUACGAGAAAACAUUUGAUCAUGUUUGAAGAUGGAAAUUCUGAAUUCCUGGACCUGUCAAAAGAAGAGUGGGAAUUUUGUAAUUUCUGAACAUGAUUCAGGAGAGCUUCAACUAUUUAGAGUAGAUGUUGGAAGAUUGUUAUACACAUACGAUAUGUAUACUGUGGGCUCGUGAGGCCCUAUUUUCUAGUAAAUGUCGAUUUUCCAAUAUGUUUCCAUUGUUUGUAAUAGCAUCUGCAAGUGUAACAUUUUCAAUUGAAGCUGCAUUAUCAAGAUUAGUUUCAUCGAAUAGUAUAGUUUGAAUGUUGACUUUAUGAUCAUCCAACACAUUUUAUGGGAAAAUCAUAAAUGUAAGUUAAUUUGUACAAGUGACUGUUACCUUUAUUUAUAAAAAUUGUUAUUUUUACAA